AUGGCGGGUUUAGUCUUCUUCAAGUCCUCUACAAAAAGCCUCCGCCGCUCAUUGUGUCCUUCUCCAACAGAUUUUCCCUGGCGCCUGUCGAAGGAUGUUGAGCAUCAUGUUAUGUGGUUUCGACCACCAUUGGUCACACCGGCGGCAUUCAAACGGCUGAGACGCGACCGGGCAUACCCCAACCACGAAUUUAAGACCAUGAAAGACCCAAGAGGAGAUGCACUAAUCGAGUACUUGAACGAGAACGAUAUCUACGGUUGGACUGGACUUCCACCAUCAGCAGUCAGCCCGUUUCGCCAAUCAAGCGAGCUGCAUCCCAUGGAAGCUAUAUGGCGCAGUCAGUCUGGAGAACCUAUUUCACGCGAGCAAGCUGCAGAAGCCAUAAGAUGGGUGGCCAGACACACAAACAGACUUAUUGAGAAGCAGUUUCCGCCUUCCCUUUAUGAAACCGUCUGGAAUCGAACUAAUUACCGUGUUCGAUCGAUUCUUGAGCCAAACCACAUCCAUGUCCUUGUGAUCCCUAAAACCUCGCCAUACUCAUACUUCAGUCAAUAUCUUCGCUCCCUCACCCUUCAUGGAUAUGGUGGAUACGAGCUGCGGGCAAGAAAGAAAUACAAGAAAAAAACCAUCGAGGAUGUUCUCCCUCAAAACUCCUACAACGGAUACAACCUGCGUGCAAGAAAAAACUAUGGCAAAACAAUCAACAAGGACAUCUUCCAUCAAGAAUUGGCAACUUAG